AUGAGCGCGAACCGGGUCCAAGCGGCGGAAAGACUCAUCGCUGAGGCAGAGAAGCACAUGAAAACGAGCUUCAUCGCUCUCAAAUUCUCGCCAGAUGUCGACUCCGCGAUCGAAGCUUACGAGAAAGCCGCGAUUCAGCUGAAGAACGCUUCCGAAUACAAACGAGCAAUCGAAGUCUACCUCAAAGUGGCGGCGAUGAACGAGAGUCGCCGCUCUUAUUUCAACGCUGGAAAAGCGCUGGAUUCAGCCUCGAGCUGCUGCCGCGACUUGGAAGAUCUCGACGGAGUCCUGGCUUACGCUGAUCAAGCUGCUGAACUGUUCCGAAGUAAUGGACAGCCAGACACAGCUUACCACACUUUAAUCCGCGCUGCGAAACAUGCCGAACCAAAGAGGCCCGACGCGUCGAUCGAGUUCUACCAGAAAGCGGCGAAUAUGUACAGAAUGGAAGGCGGGCGCGUCAGGGAAGCGGCAGAUGUGCUCAACAGAGUCGCCUGUCUUCAGUCGAGAGCGGGGCGAUUCAACGAGGUAAUAAGCACGCUAGAGCGCGAACGCGAGCUCCGACUUGAAGCAAAAUCGAACGAAGCGGCUGCGCGAACGCAUUUGAUCCUCAUUCUCGUCUACUUGAAAAUCGGGAAAGAAGGCGAGGCCAGGGAGAGCCACCAAAAGGGCGAGUCGAUCAUCCACGGAUACGACACCACCGACAGCGCCCGUGUUCUUGACGAAGUGUUCGAGGCAAUCGACGGAGGAAACGAGGAAGAGUUCACCGCCGCUAUCCGACAGCCUUACUUCAGAAGUCUCGAGAAUGACUUUGUCAAGCUCUCGCGAGGCAUCUCUCUGCCAGACUCCGUCCCUCAAGAGCUCGAUCUCAACGCGGCGCCGACAAAUAGUAGCUCCAAUGUUCCAGAGUUCAACGCCGCCACAUCGCAACUGUCCGCGCCCGAGCCCGACAUCCUCUGA